AUGAAAUAAAAUUCUGGAGCACCACCUACCAAAUAAUAACCAUAAUAAUAACAACCUCCAUCAAAAGACCCUCCUAAAACUUCUGGUAAAGCAAAUGAUUAAAAAUAAUAAUAAUCAUAAUAACUACAGCCAAAUUAAUAACCCAAAACUGCCCAUGUUUCUCCACCAAAAAAAGAAACUGUCAAAGCCUCAACUAAUGAUAUUGUAUUUUUAUUAUUUUAUGACAUUUAGGAUCACAUACAAAAGAUGAAGCAAACUAUGAUGGACUUUUAAAAUAAGUAUUUUGAAACUCUGAAAAAUAAACAAGAUUCCAUUUCAUAAAAGGUCAUUUCUUAUCAUAUUCUUAGCUUUCAUUAAGAAAUGCUGAAAGAGUUGAAGAUAAAAUCCUUAAUGCUAUUCGAAAAGGUGUCUUACAAUUAGAAGUAAAUUUAACACUUUAUAUUUUAUAAGAAUUCCAAAUAUAAUUAUGUUGAAGGACACAUGAUGGAUAAAAAAGUCUUAAUUGUAGAAAAAGAAAAAGAUUAAUUGCAAACAAAACUAUAAAAUGUUGAUUCUGAAUUGAAAACACUUAAAAGUCAAAAAAUUAACAAUGCAUAUAGUGCUUAUAGUUAACCAACACUCAAAUUAUAUAUGCAAGAAGAGAAUUUAACUAAAUAAUAACUUGCAUAAGAGACAGUUUAAAAAAUACAAAAUGAAGCAAAAACAAGAAGAGAUAAAACCAAUAAAAUUUUAAGUGAAAAAGAAAGAAAAGAAAAAGAAGAAGAAGAAAGGAAAAAAUAAGAAGAUGCUAUUAAAACGUAAUCAAUUUUUAUUAUUUAUAUAUAGCUAAUAAAUGAAAGAACAGUUACAUGCUAAAUUAAGAGAAAAUAUUGAAGAUUUAAAGGCAAAGUAAAAAUAAAGACUAGAAAAAAUGGAUAAAAUGGAAGAUGAAUAUUUUUAAAGUCUAAAUGAUAAAUUAUAAAAAAUGAAUAAGGAAAGAGCAUUAAUUGCAUCAGUAGAUAUUCCUAAAGUUUAAUUAAAACCUUACAAAAAUGAAGGAUAAAAAAGAGAUAAAAAAAAAAAGACGAGACCUUAAAGUGCUUCUCCAGUUAAUAAAACUUAACAUCCACCUAAAAAAAUUGAAAUAGAAUAACCUUUAUAUAUGAGAGUUUUAGAUAAAUAUAAUAAAAAAAUACAAAAAUAAUAGGAUAUUGUUAAUUAAGAAAGAAAAAAGAAAAUGGAAAAAAACGAUGCUUAUAAUUAAGAAUAUGAAGAACAUAUGAAAGAAUAUUUAAAGAAACUUAAAAUGAAAAAAUUAGAAUAUGAAGAAAAAAGAAUGAAAGCUCUUGAAAAACUAGGUUUGGAAGCUGGAAAAUUUAGUUAGAAUGUAAAUGCAAGUUUUGAUUCAAAACUAUGGUUAUUAUAAGAGUCUAGAGUUAAUAAAUCACUUGAUGAUAUUUCAGUAAUUCCAAAAGAAUCUUUAAUAAAUCAGGCUAAAGAAAAAAAAUAAAAAAUUAUAAAUUAUGAUAAAAAAGUUAAAGAAACUAUUAAAAUAUAAAAGGAUAAAGAAAAAGAAGAAGAAUUAAUGGUCUUAAGAGAUAAAACUAUUCAUCCUGAAAGAUAUAUUAGAAUGGUUAAAAAAAAUGAUAAAGAAUAAGGAAAGGAACCAGAAUUUGAAAUUUUUUAAAGAGAAGAAGAAGCUAGAUAAUAGAAAGAAAGAGAAGCUAAAGAAAAAGAUUUAGAGAAAUUUAAAAAAAUUUAAGAAAAAGCUAAAAAGGAUCUUGAAUAAUCAAUUAUAUUAAGCAAAGUAAAAGAAGAAGAAAAAAAAAAAAAAGAUGAAUUUGAUUAUGAGUAUGAAGAAAGUUUAGCCAGAUAAAAAGGAAAGGAAUAUUUAAAAGAAUUUAAAGAAUUACAUUAAAAAGCUUUAGAAUUAGAAAAGGAAGAAAGAGAAAAAUAAUUAAAAUUACUUUAAGAAUAAUAGAAAAAAAGAAAAUUAGAAUUACCGCAAAUUACUUCUACUCCAAAAAUUGUUAAAAAUUAAACUUUAGGAACAGUAAUUUAAAUUAUAAUAUUAAUAGCUUGAAAGACAUGAUUAUUUAUAAGAAGUUUUAUAAUAAGCUAAAAAAGAAAGAGAAGAUAAAAAAGAAAAAGAAAGAAAGGAAAAAGAAGAAAAGAUUAAAGAAGAAGAAAGAAAGAAAGUAGAGGAAAGACGAAAGAGAGAAGAAGGUCUUGAAUAAUCUCCAAGAAAAGUUAUUAAUUAGGAAGAUUUAGAUGAUGAAUAAAAGGAAGAAUUAAAAAGAAAGAAAUUAGCUUAGCAUAACUAAAAAGUAGAUAAAAUUAAAAAAAAAGUAUACAUUUUAAAAUUAUUUCCAAGUAUAUUGAUGAAAAAACCUAUGGUGAAUCAUCACAAACAGAAAGUUCUUUAAAAAGAAAAGCAGAUUAAGUUAGUAAAUUAGAAAAAUAAACUAAGAGUAUGGAAUCAGUAAAAUAAUAUCAUAUAUUAUAUUAGAUAGCAGAGGCUACUUGGACUACAAAACCAUUAAAAGCAGUAGAGUAGGCAUAAGAAGUAGAUGCUCUUUAUAUUAAGUCAAUUUAAUAAAAAUUAAAUCUAUUAUCAACUGCUUAAAAAGCUUGA